UAAGCCCAACUGGUACGAGGGGGCGUCUACACCACUUCUGUUGUUAGCCUUGGCGUCUCCCGGUUGGUUGUGCAUCAUCUAGCCCGCUGAACCUUUCUUUGCCUGUGCCGGGCUCGAGAGUGUUGGGAACACGAAGGGGACACCAGGGGGCAGCACACGGCAAGAAAUCUUGGACGCCGACCGCAGCCCACCGCCAAACUUCCCUGCUGCUCUGGGUCCUCGUACGUACUUCCGUCGCUCUGACGCUCCCAGAAACCCGGGCAUCGGGAAGGAGCGCAAAUUCCCCCUCCUUUGAGCCUCACGAGGAAAAUCUGGAGCUGGGUUCACCAGAGCACACCAGAGCGGGCACUGGAGUCUCUCACCGCGCCGCCAGGGGCGCGGCGCUCGGCCACAGUGUGCAGGCGCGUGGGCGGCGGCGUCAGGCUCACAUCGGUGAUUCUGGAGAGGGCAGCCUGCCUCCCGAAGGAGUGGUCGCGGCCCCCCGGGGUGGGGUGGGGCGCCCCGCCAGCUCCAGCUCCUUCCCCUCUGGCCUCAAGGGACAUCCCCGCGCCUAUACCCACAGCUGUCACUUGUGCGUGCUGGCGGGAGAGGGGACACAAGCUCCCUGGAGUCGUCCAGAAGGAUGCUUUGGGUGUCGGAUGCAUCCCCAGGCUGCUCUCCAAAGCUGCCGAAGAAAGCGGUCGGGAUAAUGCUCUCAAACUUUCCUUCGCGGCGGCAUUGAGAAGAAACGUCCCUUCCCGAAGCUCGCGGAGAACCCAGAGUCCGGCAUCCACCGAGGACAGGGCCAAGGCUGCGCAGGGGAAGUUCUCCGGAGCCCCGGAGGUGGCCUAAGGGGAGAGCGCCAAAGCAAGAGAGGGUGUCCGCUUCCUAGCACCCCAGCAGUGACUGUGACCUCUGCGCGCACCCCUCACACGUGCUCGCAGCCGGGGGAGGAGGUCCAGCCCGGCUGAUUGAGCGAGGCGGCGGCGAUCUGGCAGCCCGGGGGCGCAUGGAGGCGCCGAGGGGGGUUGUGCGGCUCGCCUGCGGCGCGGGGGAGCGCGCACGCCGCGCCUCGGCCUCCCGGGGGACCCGGCUGGCCUCUCCCGGCACUUCCUGCUGCUGGGCUCCGGGGAGCGAGCGGCGCGGCGGGACAGGUGUAGCCCGCAGCGGCGAGCCGCGCGUGUAGGAGGGCUGAGCCCGCUCAGCUGCCUGGAGUUGACUCGCUGCUCCAGGAACUCCGCAGGCAGGGUCGGCGUGUCACUUUGCAACAUAGAGGCCACAGCCUCGGGCUGUCAGCGCGCCGCGGGGGACGGAACCUUGCUUAUUGAUCGCGGUCGCCCGAGCAGGGUGCAAAUGCUCGCUACCCUCAGCGGGCUGGGCUCUGGCUCCUGGACUUAGGCGGCUCACUGGGCCCGCGCCUGCGCCUCCCCCAUGCUGCUUGGAGCGUCCUGGCUGUUGGCGUCCAAGGCGGCGGCCACUACAGCUCGGAGAGAGGGCGACGACAGGCAGGGUGAGCAGCAGCAGGAGGCCCAAGCGAGGGCUGACGAGGAUAUGGACGAGUCAUCGCUGCUGGACUUGCUGGAAUGCUCCGUGUGCCUGGAGCGCCUGGACACCACGGCCAAGGUGUUACCAUGCCAGCACACCUUCUGCCGCCGCUGUCUGGAGAGCAUCGUGUGCUCGCGCCACGAGCUACGCUGUCCUGAGUGCCGCAUCCUGGUGGGCUGCGGUGUGGACGAGCUGCCCGCCAAUAUACUGCUGGUACGCCUGCUGGAUGGCAUCCGCCAGAGGCCCCGCACGGGCGCCAGCCCGGGGAGCAGCCCUCCUGCGCGCCCGGGUCCCAGUACCUUCCCAGCGCUGGCUGGCAUCCCUGGAGGCGCGAUCGGCAGUCCCCCGCGUUCUCCGGUCUUUCUUCCAGCGGCGGCAGGCAGCUCUACCUCCAGUUUGUGCGACGUGGCGACUAACAGGAGCGUGCCAAUGGCUAAGAACCUAUCCCAGCUUCCCUAUGGCAAGGCCCUCUACAGCUAUGAGGGAAAAGAACCUGGUGACCUCAAGUUCAACAAAGGGGACAUCAUCAUCCUGCGGCGCAAGGUGGAUGAGAACUGGUACCAUGGGGAGCUGCAGGGCACUCAUGGCUUCCUCCCGGCCAGCUACAUCCAGUGUGUCAGGCCCUUGCCACAGGCUCUGCCCCAAGGCAAAGCACUUUAUGAUUUCGAGAUGAAGGACAGAGACCAAGACAAAGAUUGUCUGACCUUCACUAAGGAUGAAGUUUUAACUGUGAUCCGGAGAGUGGACGAUAAUUGGGCAGAAGGCAUGCUGGGAGACAAGGUCGGCAUUUUCCCACUCCUGUACGUGGAGCUCAACGACUCUGCAAAACAACUCAUUGAGAUGGACAAGCUGUGCCCUGCCGCUGCCACCGCAUGCAACUACGAUGCCCUCUUGUCCUCUGACCCCAGCACAGUAGCCAGUGUGGCCUCAGGCCCCACCCUAAGUAGCUCAGGGGCAGUCAGUGCCUUUCAACGACGUGUGGACAGCAAGAAGAACGCCAAGAAGCGCCAUUCCUUCACCGCGCUCAGUGUGACGCACAAAUCCUCCCAGGCUGCCAGCCACAGGCACUCCAUGGAGAUUAGUGCCCCGGUGCUGAUCAGCUCCAGUGACCCUCGUGCUGCGGCCAGGAUUGGGGAGCUUGCCCAUCUGUCCUGCACCGUACCCACCCAGGACUCCUCUUCAGCUGGACCUAUCCCCACAGCCAUCCCACGAGGUGCCACGGUGGCUGGAGAACAGGGCAUGUCUCCCAAAGUCCAGCUGCCCCUCAACGUGUACCUGGCUCUCUAUGCUUACAAGCCCCAGAAGAAUGAUGAGCUGGAGUUGCGCAAGGGUGAGAUGUACCGUGUGCUGGAGAAGUGUCAGGAUGGCUGGUUCAAGGGAGCUUCACUAAAAACCGGGGUCUCGGGGGUGUUCCCCGGCAACUACGUGACACCUGUCUCCAGGGUUCCUGGAGGAGGGGCUGGGUCACCCUGGAAUAAUGUGCUCGGAGGGUCUCCAUUGGCCAAGGGGAUGGCCACCAUUAUGCACCCUGGAGGUGGCAGUCUGAGCAGCCCAGCCACAGCCACCAGGCCCGCCCUGCCCCUCACCACACUGCAGGACCAUAUGCAGCACCCAGCAGCCACCUCCCUACCAACAGGUGGCUGCCUUCGGCACUCUGCUCAACCAACAGCCAGCCAAGCCGGGAGCACCCCCAUCCCAACAGCUACCCAUCCCUCCGCCCAGGCCCUGGACCGACCGACGGCCACCGUGUCGCCCCUGCGCACUCAGACUUCUCCAUCCCGCCUGCCCGCCACCAGCCUCCGACCCCGCUCUGUGGUGUCCCCACAGCACAGCCAGCAGCCCCCGACGCCGAUGUGUGCCCGGCCAGCCGUCCCUUUCACGUCGGCAGCGUCGGCCAUCACGCCGCCCAACGUCAGUGCCGCCAACCUCAGCGGGGAGGUUGGAGGGCCGCCCAUCAGUGGCCUGUCCAUACCCAGCCCCAUCAACACAGGGUACAAGCCAGACGACAAGAAAAAUGAAAAGAAGGAGAAGAAGAGCGGGCUAUUGAAGCUGCUGGCUGGAGCAUCUACCAAGAAGAAAUCCCGCUCCCCACCAUCUAUAUCGCCAACCCACGACCCCCAGUCAGCCAUGGAUACCUCACUGCAGGGUGCCAUGGGCCCUGAAGUGUCCCCAGUGACCGUCCAUGGCAGGGCAGGUUCCUGCCCCAUAGAGAGUGAGAUGCAGGGGGCCAUUGGGUUGGAGCCACUGCACAGAAAAGCCGGCUCCUUGGAUCUGAAUUUCUCUUUGUCCCCUUCUCGGCAGUCAACUCUGUCCAUGGCUUCCAUCCGCCCUGAACCUAAGCCGCUGCCCAGAGAGAGGUACCGUGUGGUGGUCUCCUACCCACCCCAGAGUGAAGCAGAGAUCGAACUAAAGGAAGGUGACAUUGUCUUCGUGCACAAGAAGCAUGAAGAUGGCUGGUUCAAGGGGACUCUGCAGAGGAAUGGCCGCACCGGCCUCUUCCCGGGCAGCUUUGUGGAGAGCUUCUGAAGGCCGUUGCUCAUGUCCGGCUCUGCCAUCCAGGAGAGGGACCCAAGAAAACACUAUGUGAGCAGAAGAAGCCUUAUCACCUAGGUCCCUGGGCCUUUCUAAAACACCUGCCAGGAACAACUGGACUGGGGUGACGAGUCGGUUGUGAAGGCCAUGCUCUCGCGUGAGGUCCUAACUGAAAGCACACAUGGAUGUCGUCUUGGUUGUGACGGCCAUACCCUCAUAUAAAGUCCUUAUUGAAAGCACACAUGCGUGUCCUUCAAGACCAUGCCAUGAAUUUCAGUGAGCGGUACAAUGGAAAACGUUGCCCAUGUGGACAAAUGCACUCUAUGCCAGCCAGCGGCUAAAGCAGUAUCGGCUAUCUGUGCAAGGCUGGGAGCGUGGGAGGGUCCAAGGUGGGGCCGUGUGUGAGCGAGCGAGGGCUGACAGCAAUGUAACUUCCCUGGCUCCCCUGGGUAUCAUUCCUCUAUAUACCUCUGUCACCUGCCAUCGAGCCCCACAUCCAGGGCAUUCAUGGUUCAGGAGCCUCGUGUAAGGGCUCCGAGUCUCCCAAGGUGCCCUGUGGGGUUCUGUUGGGCACCGCAGAAUUCUUACGGCUUCGUCUCCUACCGGGAUAAGAAGGAACACCUUCUGGUUUCACGACCACUCUUACGGCACCUUUUUAAUGUACAACUCCUAAACUUUAUAUAUUUCUAAUAGGUCAGACGCUGCAUAUUUUUCAUACAUCUGGUGCUGAUUUUUUGUAAAACUAGAAAUCACUUGGGUAAGCUUCAAGGAAAAACAUGAGGUAACAUCAAAGGAAAGUUUUAUAUAUUUCCCAUCUGAAGUUUGGAGCAUAUUGAGGAAUUCCUAUCUGUGAUAUCAAAACAUUGGCUGGUGCUCAGUGAGGUGACAGAGUCUGCCGAGAUGGUCAUGCGAAGUUGGAGAGUCUUUCCUGGCUAUUGGAAACAGCCUAAACCACAUGCUCCAUCUAGAUAGGAGUGAUUUUUUUUUAAUUGGAAACAUUUUUGAGGAAUUUAUACUGCCUUUUUGUGUGGCAAGAAAACACAGACACACACACACACACACACACACACACACACACACACACACACUGACCCCUAAAACUUCCUUUGGCUGCUUUCGAGAGAACGACUAAAAGUAGCAUUCUUACAGUAUGUCUUGCUGCCAAAAUGCAGCUUUCACAACAGCUCAGAUCGCUACCUUGCAAAGGUUUUUUUUCUCCAUUUCAAAAACAAGUCACUUCCCCUAUCAGGCCAGGCAAAAUUCCGUCCGCUAGAGACCAAAGGUAAUGCUAAGAGGAAUCUGAUGCCUGACGACAGGCUUACAGGGCCUGGAGCCACUGGAAAAAGCAGCAGGGCGGUUCCUUUGGCCCUCAGGCCUUCCUGUCAAGUUCCCUGGAGCAACAGCUUGCUUCCCAAGAGGGCGGCCUGGAUGGCUAUCAAGAGGAGUGAGGUCACACUUUAGAAACACAGUAUUUUUUUUUUUUUUCAUCUCAAAGUAGCAAUUUGUGAGCCUCUGUACAUUUUUACAAAAAUCACCCAGACCUGUGUCAAGCCUUUGGUAGCAGAGGCUAUCACUAGUUUUCGUAAGAAAAUAAGGACCACUUCUCAACGUUCCUAUUUGAGGAUGUGACUUCACUAGUUGUGACUGCCAGGUGACUGCCAUGUAGAAGCAGUGAUGCCUAGGAAAAGUCUCUUCCUCCAUGAUAAUAGACUAACUAGACAGAAGAAAACUGUUCUGAGCCAAAGAGAAACUCUAGCUUAGGCACAGAGACCCCUAUAUGCAGGGUGAGUGACAUCUACAAGGAGUCUAGUCACUGUCACUGCUGAAUUACUUGCCCACCCAUGCACAAAAGAUCUGUGUAUGGUUAAAUCCAUGAUAUCACCAAGGAGGUACACAGAUCUACAUCCUGGGGAAGAUGUGUUUUCAGUGGAACCAGAACUCACUCCAGUUUCCAGACAAUAAAAGUCCCUUUUUCUCUCCUCAACAAGAUUGACCUGAAGUCAACAGAAUAAGACAACUUUGACCUGUCCUCUUUUCUCCUGAGGGCUGCUUCAUGAGGUCAGGAGGUAGCAGCUUGAUAGAAAGCUAAGUAAAGUAUCAAGUUGUCUUUGGAAAACAUCAGUUGGAACCUCUCCUAACAAAGUCAUGGGUUUAUACAUGACCUACCUUAGGAAGGGAAACAGGGCCCUAGGCCUCAUUCCCAGAUGAGGCUUUUUAAAAUACACAAUGAGCCCCAUGGUCUGAGUAUUUUGAAUACUCUCAAGCCCUUUAACUUUCAAAAUCAUGUGUUCAGUCAAGAAAAGAAAAGAGGUACCUUUCUUAAGGUCAUCUUCCCUUGAGGACACAUGUCUUGGCUACCAAAAUGAAGCCAGCGUCUAAUCUAGAACCUUCACAUUCCAUCCUGGCCAGAAGCAUGUACUUCUAACUCACACAGUAAGUAGUAUUUGGUGGCCAGGUGAUUUUCCUUGAAUAGUUCCCAGCCCUUCAGAUUGAGGGUCACCAAGGAGACAGGACAGUCUAGCCCCAAGAGGAUUGACGGAAGGAACAAGAGAGAUGGACAAGAUGGUCUGUAGUGGGGUGUGAAUACAAGGCUGGGCACUGUAAAACCAUUCCAGUAGACUUGGAAGCCCUUGUACUUUGUACAAUGCACACACAAACACACACGUGCAAGCACGUGUCCCCAACCCCACAUGUUUCUAUUAUACACCAAUGUCAGUAUGUAAUUUUGGAUGAAUUGACAGUAGUGGCAAACUAUGAUGCCUGUGUUUCUGAGUCUUUCAAUAAAAAUGACCAUGGAGA